UCGGGGCAAACUGAUGGAAUAGUCAUGGCAAUUUUACGUCCAGAUGAAAGGAAAUUAGUCGCGCAAAAGAUACGGUCAUCUCCUCCCACCCACUAUAUCCGCUAAUGUUUAUAGAUAUACUUCUGUUAUGAAUUUAAUUAUAUUUAUGCAAGGCAAUAAAAACGAUAUUUAUGAGAAAAUUUUAGAGAUAUUUUAUCAGCAAUACUUAAUUCAAUCAAUCACUUUGUUUUUUUAAUAUUUUAUUAAUGUUUACCAUGAUUCUAACGGAUUUUGUGAUGAUAUCUUCUAUAUUAAACUUGAAAACGGGCAUUAUUUAAUAUCAAGACUAUCUACAAACAAAUAUUUAUGAAUAUAGUGUGACUAUAACUUGAAUUCGUAUUUUGUUAACCACAAUAAGUAAAUAGGAAAAUAGAAAUAGAAAUAGAAAUAGAAAUAGAAAUAGAAAUAGAAAAAGAAAAAGAAAAAGAAAAAGAAAAAAGAAAAAGGGCGUUCCCCUCGUUCUUGAUCUUGUAACCAGAAGGAAAUUUCUCGUUUUUCUUUUUGUAUUUCUGGAUUUCUUCCCUUUUUCCGAUUGCGAAUUACACCGAAAUUACGGAUUCCGGAUUCAAAUAAAAAAUUCGGAAAAGAUGACAAUGGGAGAGCUUCUCCGCAUUCAGCCUUCAGAGCUCAAAUUCCCAUUUGAAGUGAGGAAGCAGAGUUCAUGUGCUAUGCAGUUGGCUAAUAAGACAGAUCAGUAUGUGGCGUUUAAGGUUAAGACAACCAAUCCAAAGAGGUAUUGUGUUCGGCCGAAUGUUGGCGUUGUUUUGCCCUAUUCAAUGUGCAAUAUCACAGUCACUAUGCAAGCACACAAGGAGGUUCCCGCUGAUAUGCAAUGUAGGGAUAAGUUUCUGGUUCAGAGCGUUAUUGUUCCAUAUGGCACAACGAAUAAGGAUAUAAGCCAGGAAAUGUUCAACAGGGAGAAUGAGAAGUUUGUGGAUGAGUUCAAAUUAAGGGUCAUUUACAUUCCCGCAAACCCUCCAUCCCCAGUACCUGAAGAAGAAGAAGAAGAAGAAGGGAGUUCGCCUGGAACAUCUUCAGCUUUGGAAGAAAUUAAGAAAUCUUCACUUUCUGAACCUGAACAGUCUGCUGUCUUGAAGUUGAAAGAUGAGAAAGAUUUUGUCAAUAUACAAAAUGAUAAGCUCAUCGAAGAAUUGGUAUGCUUUGGUCUAUGUGCACUGCAUAUGUGGAAUCCAUGAGGAAACAAACUGGACAAGCGCGUAUUGGAUCCAUUUUUGUGCUUUUAGUUGGCCUAGUCCUCGGAAUAUUGAUCGGAUACUUUCUCAGGAUAGAAGUGCCUACGUUGCAGUAACAUCCGGUCUGUGUUCAGAUGUCAUAACUUUACUCAUCAGAAUCUUGUUCAGUCGUCCCUAGUAGAGACUUUAGGUUAUAUUAUUAUUAUUAUUAUUUUUUUUUCCUUCUUCGCGGGAGAUUGUAGGAAAUUUUGGAAUAUGAUUCUUUCAGAAACAUGGACAUACAAAAUGUCUUAGUUCAUUAUCAUUAACCUCACCUUAAUGGAAUAGGUGAAGGCGAUAUGAUUUGCCUUUUUAAGGUCAGUUUCUCCCCCCUAUCUUCUUGUGCAGAAAUGCUGUAGCUUCUCAAAAUUGUUGUGAAUAUUGAUUAAAUGUGUAAUUUCAGUUUUUAAAAA